AUGGACCGAUUCAGGGCGCGUCCCCUCCAGACGCUAUCUCUCACUUCUCGGCCGCCAUCGCCGCAUGCCCUUGCCUGGUCAUGCGACGCUGAAUUGGCCGUUGCCACGCAGGAAUGCAUCUACAUCUUCCUGCCCGAUUAUCUGGCCGGCCACGAUGCCGAUGCAGAUGAACGAGAUGCGUCACAGUAUCAGUUUGCACUCUCUCUCCAGCCGUCUGCCGUUAUCAAUCCAAGUACUAGGAUAAAUGGCCAGCUGUGCGCUCAAGUCGGCGUCAAACUACCUGCCCCUCGGACAGGCGAAGAGGGCAGUUUCAGAGGUGUUGGCAAUGGCACCGUCACAGGGUCUGGCGCGGCCUUGGGACAAGUCAUCAGAGUAGAGUGGUCACCAAAUGGACUGGGCUGUAACUCACGGCCAGUGUUGAUGGCCCUAACAACUACUGGCAAUCUCAUCACGUUUGGAGAGCAGGCUGACAGCCAGUCAUCCGCCACGUCGAGCAUGAGGACUCGGACUUUUAAGAAUUGGAGGGUGCUUUGGGGCUUGGGAGCCAAACUGCCGAUCCCAGAUUCGAAAUCCAAGGAUGGAUUCCGGACCAUGAAUGAGCGCAUCGUGUCGUUUUCGUGGUCCAGGGAGAUUGCGCCAGGAAGAGCCUUGCUCGCCUAUCUGAAUGACAUGGGUCAAAUUGUUGUCAUGAGUGUCCAGUAUCACCGUCGCCGAGAUUCUUCCAAGCGCGGCUCUGAACAAGAAUGGAUUUGGACGUUGACGGAACACAUUCGAAUUGAUGGACGAGGCCCUCACAAGGAAGCUACAGAUCCACAAGAUCCGGAUUUCAGUCCGCAAGGCAGCAUCUUCUCCCUUAAAUGGAGCCCAUGGCUCGUCGAUAAUGGAUAUAGAACCGCAACGCUUGCAUAUCUCGCGAAAAACCAUGUUGGCUUCCGCAGGAUCGUAUUGUAUGGCGAUUGGGAGAGGGGCGAGUUGCCCGACGUAGAAUCCGAACGAAGCGACACUACUACGAUGUGUCUCCCUCUCUCCAGUGACGCAUUAAUCGAGUGGGAAGACGCGAUAUGGACCGAGGGAGAUUCCCAUACUGCCCGAGGUAUCAUUACGACUCCGUUCACGGUCAAGUCUUUCCAAGUCAUGCUUAAUGGUGUUUUGAGUGAACCAUCACCUCCACACUCUAUCUGGGAGUGCGCUUCAGCCUAUGCCGACUCAGAUGACAUGUCCACAAAUCCAAUCACAGGGCUCAUUGUCCAUGAUCCUGAUCCCAAUAAUAAACCCCCGAUCCCGUACUACUCCCUGGUUAGGUUAUCCGCCACCUCCACGAAUCUCGAUUGGUACCAGACAAAUUUGCCCGAAGGAAGUCUCCCGCAGUGGGUUGAAGAUAUAGGGGACCAGAAUGCCCGCCUCGUCUCUCGAACGGCCGCACUGUAUGGAGUAGACUCGGAUUUUGAGUCGGAUUCUGAAGAUGAAGAUAAGGCGAUGCAAGACGCACCUCCAGCGCCAGCCGAGCCUGUUUUACAAGUCCACCCUUACCGAUUUCGCCUUUGGGGCUUGGCCAAAUCCCCCGGCGAUGGAUGUACUGCCGUCCUUGCCUCAAAACACGACACCCAGCAUCCCGACCGUCGAGGAGUCUCGAACGUCCACUUCGACUGGCAGGUCUCCGCUGAUGCCGACGACAAAGCAAACCGCGUGAGACCAAUCUUUAAGCCGCUGACUACUGAGGGUCGAGUAUGGGAGUGGAUGUACGGGUUGGGAGGUGACGUCCCCGGCGUGACCCCGGGGUACAAGACCUCUUCCGGUAGACAACAAUCCAGUCCGCUGAAAGAACUAUUCAAGCGCGUGGCUACGAGUCUGCCGUGUGUAUUUUGUGACUCUCAACUAUCGAUCAAAGAUGAUGUGGCUGCUUGCGAGAACCGCCACGCAUUUGCUAUAUGCGCCACUUCCGGUAUCCCCAUCCUAGCACCGGGAAUAUCCCGAGUCUGCGGCGUCUGUAAGAUGCGCUGCCUCAAGGUUUCCGAGCUGGAGAAGUUGGCGGAGGAGCACAUUGGGAGUGUAGAUGCGGUGGGUGAUUCUCAGGGAGAAGUAUGUGGAGGGUGUGGCGGCAAGUUUGUUGUUUGA